ACAACAUCUAUCCCCCUCUCAAUACCACCCAACCUCUCGUCUUCCUACCUCUUGCCAGAUUUCCAGCGAGCUACCAUCGGCUUUGAGGAGGAAAAUAUGGCCCGUGAGCUUUUUAAGAAGGCCUAUUGGCCUCUCGUAGCUCUCGGUGCUUUUUAUUUCGUUGUUCUCGGUUUAUUAACGGUUCCAUGGAUUCAAAAUAAUGCGAUUUAUAUGCACAGAAUGAAGGUCACCUGGCGACAGGACCUUAGGAAGCCGGAAGAAUUUGGAUUUGCAAAAAAUCAAGUAGCGCCCUUCUUUUUGAAAACCCCAGACGGUGAAGACAUAUUCGUGUGGCAUGUCCUUCCACUUGGCCUUUACAAAGAACAUCGGGAGUCCUUAGUCAAGCAAAAUACUGGCUUAAUCUCAAACCCAUUGGAAUCCGAGAAUAUAAAACUCUUAAUAGCCGAUCCUGAAGCAAGACUGAUUAUUCACUGUAUGUACCCCAAUGCCGGAACAGUUGGAGCGUCCUGGAGACCUACAUACCUACGAUCUCUCUCUGCCGGCGACCCAUCCAAAAUUCAUAUAAUCACCCUAGAUUAUCGAGGAUUUGGCCUAUCAUCCGGCACCCCAUCAGAACAGGGAUUAAUCACCGAUGCGAUUACCUCCGUGAACUGGGCUAUUAAUACUCUUGGAAUCUCGCCUUCUAGGAUUGCUGUUGUUGGCCAGUCACUAGGAACAGCUGUUGCCAUUGCCGCUGCGGAGAAGCUAGCAACACACCCAACCAGUCCGAUAGAGCUCGGUGCAGUCAUCACAAUUGCCGGUUUCAGUAAUAUGAAAGAACUAAUCUUGACCUACAAUAUCUUUGGCUGGCUCCCAGUACUGUCACCUUUGAGACCUUACCCUUUUCUCCAAAGAUUCUUUGCAAAUUUUAUCAUCGAUACGUGGGAAUCUGAUAAGCGGAUUGCCUCACUCAUCAAGUCUAGUAAGAAGUUGAACUUUAUCGUUCUUCAUGCCUACAAUGAUUUCGAUAUUCCAUGGCAACAUUCUGAUAGACUGUUUGUGACUGCUGCCAAUGCAACACAAUCAGGAAAUGAACUGACAUGGCUCGAAAUUAUGGGCUUAAGGGAAAGGACUGAAUUUGGAGAGGAGAGCUAUCAGAACAAAUGGCCGACGGCCAGAAGCAAUGGCCAUUCCAUUGAGCAGUGGGUUGUAAGAUGGGGAGGUCACAACCAAGUGGUUGCAAGUGCUGGGACUUCUGUUAUCGUCGCAAAGGCUUUGGGACUGUAGAUUGUCUGUACUAGAGUAUCCGAAAUCCUUUUAGUAUUUCGUCAGGGUAUUAUGGCACGAGUUGUGAUAAUUCUUUUCACAUUUAUUGUCAGAAGAUUUGAAGAUAUUCAGCAGGUUAAAAAGGUGAUAUUAAAUUCAUAAAGAGAUUG